AUGUCUACUCGCUCCUUACGGCGAAACAUGGCGGCCAAGGCGCUUCGCCAGCGUAGCAGGCGAGGCAGCAAACAAGAUGCCAAUAACCUCAACGUAUCUACAGAGGCCCGAACGCCGAAAGAGGAUAAAGGAGGUGAUGAGAGUAAAGUCACAGAGACCCGGCAAGAGUCAAUAAGUCGCGGUGGACAGGUAUGGGCCCCAGAAGGUUCCACUGCAUUUAAAUGUCUGCUUUCGGCACGCUUCUGUGCAGCGUUGCUAAGCAACAUUUCUGACUGCGAUGAGACCUUCAACUACUGGGAACCUAUGCACUACCUGCUUUAUGGCACAGGGAUGCAAACGUGGGAAUACUCACCGUUGUACGCCAUCAGAUCUUACGCUUACUUGUGGCUUCACGCGCUCCCAGCCUGUUUGCACGCCCAUGUACUGCAGACGAGCAAGGUGUUGGUAUUCUACUUCGUACGGUGUGUCCUGGCCUUCUGCUGCUGUGUCUGCGAGCUUUAUUUUUACAAGGCUGUAUGUAAGAAAUUUGGUUUGCACGUCGGCCGCCUGAUGCUGGCGUUUCUCGUCCUGAGCACUGGAAUGUUCACCUCAUCCGCAGCAUUCCUGCCAUCCUCCUUCUGCAUGUACACAACACUUGUCGCCAUGACAGGGUGGUUCCAGGACUCCACGCCGUUAGCCAUUAUGGGCGUAGCUGCCGGUGCUAUCGUUGGUUGGCCCUUCUCCGCUUUGAUUGGGAUCCCAAUCGCGUUUGACUUACUUGUACUAAAGAGGCAAUGGAAGAGUUUUAUCACCUGGUCGGCUAUUGCUCUGCUGCUUUUGCUGGGCCCUUUAAUUGCAGUGGACUCUUUCUUUUAUGGAAAACUGGUGGUGACCCCGCUCAACAUUCUACUUUAUAAUGUCUUCACAUCACAUGGACCUGAUCUGUAUGGUACAGAACCGUGGCACUUUUACUUUCUGAACGGGACCCUGAACUUUAAUCUAGUGUUUGUUCUGGCGCUCUUUUCCCUCCCUCUGACUGCUCUCAUGGAAACCCUUCUGCACAAGUUCAAUGUGCAGAACCUUGGCCGUCCCUAUUGGCUGACUCUGUCCCCCAUGUACCUGUGGAUGUUGGUUUUCUUCACCCGGCCUCACAAAGAAGAGCGCUUUCUCUUUCCCAUCUACCCCCUCAUCUGCCUCAACGGCGCUGCGGCCCUCUCGUCCCUGCAGAAAUGCUACCACUUCUUGUUCCAGCGCUACCGACUGGAGCAUUACACAGUCUCCUCCAAUUGGCUGGCGCUUAGUGCGGUUGUUGUGUUUGCGGUGGUGUCUCUCUCUCGCUCCGUGGCCCUUUUUAGAGGUUACCACGCCCCUCUCGACUUGUACCCGGAGUUUCUCCGCAUCGCCAAGGACACCACGCUACACUCGGUCCCCGAAGGCAGACCGGUUAGCGUGUGUGUUGGCAAGGAGUGGUAUCGCUUCCCCAGCAGCUUCCUUCUCCCUCCCAACUGGCAAAUACACUUCAUCCAAAGCGAGUUUAAAGGUCAACUCCCCAAGCCGUACGCCACGGGUCCUCAGGCCACGCAGAUUAUACCGGCAGAUAUGAAUGACCAAAAUCUGGAAGAGCCGAGCAGAUACGUGGACAUCCGACACUGCCACUACCUGGUAGACCUCGACACAGAAGAAGAAACGCCGCGGGAACCACGCUACGCAGCCAAUAAAGAAGAGUGGAACGUCAUUGCCUAUAAGCCUUUUCUCCAAGCUUCCCGGUCCUCGCCAUUCUUCAGAGCGUUUUAUAUCCCGCUCCUAUCCGACCAUCACACCAGCUUCAGGCGCUACGUCAUCCUCAAAUCCAGGCGGCAAAAGCAGCCUCGCACGCGAGGCCAUGGCUGA